AUGCUUUGUCUUCUGCUGUUACACUGCGUCUUCUCAUCUGCCACUAUCAUUCGAGUGGAGGAAGUAACCAGUGGAGUCGAGGCUACACCUGUGAGCGCUUCACUGCAGCAGCUUGAGGCUGGCUUUGUUCCAGCAAAUGACGAUGGGCAUUGGAGCAACCACGACUUCCUCGCUGGCAUAACCUUUGGAGUCAUGAGCUCCGGCAUCAUUGUCGCUUUGCUGCUGGGUUGCCAGGCUGAUUCGGAAGCGAUUUGGGUUGCUGGUCAGGCUUGGAUUUGUCGACGAAGGUGCUUCAAGUGGCUCCUGCGGGACGCACCGAGUGCCAGGCUGCUUCAAUAG